CACACUUGUUUUAGUAGCCGACCCGACUCCGCCAGCAGCGCCCGGGAACCACCGACGGACGCACCACACUGCGACGGCCUCUCUCGCCUCACACGCGCUCACGUCCCGCAUGUUUAUAAACAAACCGCCGGAACGCCCGACCGCCUCACCGGAACCCGCUCCGGACCGGCCCGCUCCAAUCCGCCGAAGCUGCAGCUCGAGUGCCACGUUUGAACUGUUUUUCGGGCCACGUGCUCCGACUUACUUUUGGGUUCUUGUUGUUGUUGUUGUUGUAUGUGAUAUAGAGUGACACUUGACUACGUCUAAUUGUUGUUACUGAUGAAUGAUAAACAGUUUGAUUGGCACUAAUUUCGUCCGUCUGCCGGAGAUAAAUUUAAUAAUUAAACGCCGUCAAAACGGCGCAUCUUCUCGCACAACUUUCUCACUAUUCGAAUUUGAACGUUUCUGACGAGUCAGGAUGCGAGGUUGACAUGGCAGAAGGUAGUGUCGAAGAAGACAGUAGCGAAAUGUUGGGCCCCACCAUUGCCCCCGUCCUGCAGACACCAGCCCCAUCGAAUUGCAGCCUGAAAGACGAGGAGAGCGACUGCGAAAGUUCGAUAGGCUCGCCAGAACCGGCACUGGCGAUGGGCAUAGACGGAAGCACCGACCUGUCGAUGGGACCAAAGCCGACGCACACCAGGAUGGAGGACACGAACAUCGGCGAGUCGAAGAUGUCGCCGACGGCCCAUCUGAACGGUACAAUGGCCGGCCUGGUGACGCUGCAGAACCUGCAGAACCUGGCGACGUUGCAGCAGAGCCUUCCGCAGGUGGCGUCGCUCGCCGCCGGACUGACCAACAUGGCAGGACUGACGGGGAAUCCGCCGAUCAACGCACCUUUGAAUUUGAGCGUCAGCGCAUCAGCUGCCACACCGAGGAGUAGUCAGAGCAGCAGCGUCUCAGAUAUGUCCCCAGUGAUCAUGACACCCAACGUAAAUACCCCCCAGCCGCCCCAAAGUACGCCACUGCCCACCCAGAACCCCCUGAUUAACGCCCAACAGCCGGCGCCCAUGCCCCAAUUCAUCCUUGCCUCCGGACAACUAGUCCAAGGCAUCCAGGGAGCCCAACUCCUCAUACCCACGUCACAAGGUUUGGCCACACAGACAAUCUUAACAAUUCCGGUGAAUCAUGUAAAUAGCUCCGAUCAAAUGGUGAACCUGGCACUGAAUAAUGGACAAGUUAUGCAGACGUCCCUUGCCAAUUUACAGGCCAUGGCCCAGACUAAUUUAAUAAACAACGCCGGCAGCACAGUUCCGACAACAAACGGCACAAUUAACCCGAACCUCCUCAACCCCGCCACCCUGUCCCACUUAUUGUCCAACGGUUCCACCCAGAGCUUGCUCCAGACCUUACCCCCCAACCCCCCAAUCUUGAACCCCAUGCAGCAACCCUUGUUGACUCAAGCACCCACGUUGCUGACCACCACGCAGCAGCACAACUCCAGGAGCCCCAUGAACCACCUGCCGCAGAUCAGCAACAACACCCACUACCAGGACACCAAGAUGCACCAACCCAUCAUCAGGAACAAUUCGCCUCCGGCCUCGGCCUCCAGCGUCACCAGGAUGCCGAGCAACGGCGAGAUCAGCAUCAACACCUCAAUGGGCGGCAACUCUAGUCAGAACGUCAGCCAGGUGAAGAGGUCGCCGUCGUCCCUGUCGCCCAACUGCACCGACAACUCCACCGCCGACCUCCUCAUAGAUUCGCCCAAUCAGCCGACUAUUAACCAAACGAGUAGUAAUGUAGUGGACGGGAUUAACUUAGAUGAAAUUAAAGACUUUGCGAAAGCGUUUAAAUUGAGAAGACUUUCUUUAGGAUUGACGCAAACCCAAGUCGGUCAAGCCUUAAGCGUCACCGAGGGUCCUGCUUACAGCCAAAGUGCCAUCUGCAGUGCCCUGGCGUCUCAGAUGUUCGCGGCGGCGCAACUCUCAUCGCAACAGCAAGCAAUGUUCGAGAAGUUGGACAUAACGCCGAAGAGCGCCCAGAAGAUCAAGCCGGUGUUGGAGCGGUGGAUGAAGGAGGCCGAAGAAAGUUUUGCUGUUUCCAGAUACAAAAGCGGACAGAACCACCUGACGGACUUCAUCGGCAUCGAGCCGUCCAAGAAGAGGAAACGGAGGACGUCGUUCACUCCUCAAGCUUUGGAGCUGCUCAACGCCCACUUCGAAAGGAACACCCACCCUUCGGGCACGGAAAUAACGGGGCUGGCCCACCAGUUGGGGUACGAAAGGGAGGUCAUACGGAUCUGGUUCUGCAACAAGAGGCAAGCUUUAAAAAACACGGUGCGGAUGAUGUCAAAAAGCAUGGUAUAAAACACUGUGAUUUAGCAAAACCAAACGAGUCAAAUGGGUAAAAGGCGUCAAGACUGCUGCGUUCAAUGUAAAUAUCAAACUGGAGACUUUUGUACAUAGUUUUUGUAUCAUAAUGAAUUAGCGUUAGUUUAAAAGUGAAUCGUGAUUGCUGUAAAUAUUAACAAAUAUUAUCAAAAACAUUGUCAAACUGAAUAAAAUAUUAAUAUGUGCAAUAAGCAACAAGAUGUUUAAUAUUUUUGUAUUAUUUUAUUAUUUGACUAUGUUUUGGUAGAUAUUUUCAUGUAUACGAUUAUAAUAAUGUAUAAAACUUGCAUAUCCUUUGGAAUGUAUACGUAAAAAAAAUGAAUUAUAGAAGCGUGGAGCGACCAAACUAUGUGUAAAGUGUAAAACAAUCAAUUUUUCACAAAUCAAGACAAGUAACUUAUGAUUUCAUUUCGUUCAGCUUACACACAAAAUCAAAAAGUACAAAUUAUUCAAUCUAUAGCCGAACAAGAUUAAUUUAAUACAUAUUUAUAUUUUAUAUAGAUAUAUUAUUAGUAGGUAUUAGUUUCCAUGCACCGUAAAUUACAAUUUAAUUGCCACGGAUGUAAUACACACAACAAUAUCUUGAUGAAUUAAUUGAGCUAAAUAUUGUUUAAAAUGGUGUAUGUAUGUUUUGAUCUCAAGACGUUUCGCACAUAAAUGAUUCAUUAUUUAUUAGUCACUAACAUGUUAUAGGUAAAAGAUGCUUUAAGUUGUAUUAACCAAAUCCAGUGUAAUAUUUUGUAAAUUUUCAAGUAGGAGACUCAAAUCUCUGAAAGUAACCAAAGUUCCUAUUAGUAUGUAAGUUUUGUGAAUGGAUUUGUAUAUAAUAGGCGUUACUCAUAGUUUUUAAGUAUUAAAUUUUGUGUGUAGAACCGUAAUUGUGAAAAUAUUCUUAGUGAUACAUAAAAGAAUCUGUAAGAUAUAGCGAUUAUGUGGAUGACAAUUGUAUUUGGUCGUUUGUAGAUGUAUACAAAAUAAAAGAAAUAAUUG